AAUACAGAGUACAUGACAAAAGAAUUUGGAAGAAGGAAAGCGGCGAAGAAGAAGAAGAGAAAGUGAAGGAAGAAGAGGAGGAAAGAAGAUAAGCUGGUGUUUUCCGAUGAAAAGGGACGUCGGAAGAGAUGGGAGAAGGGAGAGAAAGGAAAGAGAGGAACGAUAAUAGGAGGAUAAGCAGAGUUACGCAAGGACUGCUGAUAUUUCUUUCACCAGCACCGUGAGUGAGGAAAAUAUCAGCAUCUCGUCACCGAUGUCCACAUCCCUUCGGCUCCUUUGCCUCUCGUUUUCAAGUGCCUCCUUUUUAGUUUCCUUCUUUAGCAGCAAUCUCCUCUCCCUUCUGCCUUAAAUAUGCACAUUUCUCUUAUUAUCUGCGCCACUUGCUCCAUCUUCUCGAGACAAAGUCUGCCACCCAAUUCCCAAAUUGCUCUUCUUCUCAAGAGCUAGCUAGCAUCUCCCUCUUGUUAGGAUCUUGAACCUCGUUUCACCUUCAUUCUUUAGAUUAGAGAGCAAGAUAAAACAUGGAUUUCGAAGGAGAAGAUAGCACGUUCGCUGUCACCAUUACCAAGAAGGAAGUUGUGGCGGCGGCAGAGCUACCACCGCAAAAACAUCGAUUGCCACUUUCCAAUCUAGACUUGCUUCUCCCUCCAACUGAAGUGAGUGUUUUCUUUUGUUACAAAGGUAAUAAUAACCAUAUGAGUUUUGGGUCCAUGGUCAGUGUUCUCAAGAAUGCCCUGGUUCAAGUUUUGGUCUUCUACUACGCCUUCGCCGGUGAGGUUGUGGCGAACUUUGCAGGAGAGCCUGAGAUCCUAUGCAACAAUCGGGGCGUGGACUUCUUUGAGGGUUUUGCAGAUAUUGAUCUUAAAGAUCUCAACUUGUAUAAUCCUGACCACAGCAUUGAAGGUAAACUCGUGCCCAAGAAGAAGGAUGGUGUACUUGCUGUCCAGGCAAUGAAACUCAAAUGCGGCAGUGUAGUGGUGGCUUGCACAUUUGAUCAUCGCGUAGCAGACUUCUACUCGGCCAAUAUGUUUCUGGUGUCAUGGGCAAAGAUGGCUCAAUCCGGAGAAUUUUUUCUGCUGCCAUCUUUUAAACGAUCUGUGUUAAACCCUAGACGUCCUGCUUGCUUUGAUCCUUCACUCGCCAACAUGUACGUACCCAUCUCCAAGCUGAACCUUAAAGAGCCUCAGCUCGAUUUCCAUCAUCUUAUAAGUCGCAUAUACUACAUUAAAGCUGAUCAGCUUGAUAAACUACAAUCACUUGCAAGCUCCAAUGGCUGCAAGAAGACCAAACUUGUAUCUUUCAGUGCAUUCCUGUGGCAAUUGAUUGCCAAAUCUGCCAAAAAGAAUGACUCCACGGGAAUGGUAAAGAUUUCAAAAAUGGGAAUUGUGGUGGAUGGAAGAACAAGGUUAACUGAUAAAGCAACAAUGGCUGCCUACUUUGGAAAUGUUCUGUCCAUUCCCUAUGGAAGCAAGAGAGUUGAUGAGCUAAUCGAAAACCCUUUGAGUUGGAUAGCUGAUGAGGUUCAUGAUUUUGUGAAAAGUGCCGCGGCAAAGGACCAUUUCUUGGGGCUGAUUGAUUUUGUUGAGGUUCACAGGCCAGAGCCAGUCCUGGCUAAGAUGUACAGUAGUGGUAGUGAUGAUGGACCAGCUUUUGUGGUGUCAUCAGGGCAAAGGUUUCCGGUUUCAGGGAUUGAUUUUGGGUGGGGAUCACCUGCAUUUGGGUCGUAUCAUUUUCCUUGGGGUGGCAAAGCCGGAUACGUGAUGCCGAUGCCAAGUCCGGUCAGAAACGGUGACUGGAUUGUGUAUAUGCAUCUGUUGAAAGAGCAAAUGGAGCUGAUAGAGACUGAGGCUACCGAUUUUUUUAAGCCACUCACUUGGGAUUAUCUUAAGCUUCUUUCAACAGAUUAAAUUGUUAUAAUAUAAUUAAUUAUCUCAGUAUAUUAUAACUAUUUAAUGUGACAAGAAGAAAAUAAGGAAGAAAGAAAAUAUUGGAAGGAAAAUGAUUUUUAUAUUUCAUUCCCAUUUUCUCCUCAAUGUUGAAUAUAUGGGGAGGGGGAAGGGGGAGAAAUGUUAAAACAUAAAUAUAUUCAGAUAUUUUCUAGAUUGUCUUAAAA